UUGCUAAAGAAAUGUAGGUGACUAGAUGGAUUCCAACCGGUUUCUAUGUCAUAAUCUUUGAGCAACAGCUGAAAACGCCACAGAGCGGAGGCACUGCUUGUUUUAUCGUCCAAUGAAAAGUGAGAGUGAAUCAGAAGCACACUAUUGCUCCUCUUGAGUGGAAGCUCCAAAAAGCUUCACUUUUAAAGUGGUGUAAUACAGUGAUUUAUUCUUACCAGAAACUUCACAGUGUGUAUAACAUAAUUCAGAGUUAUGAAUGUGUGUCUAGAAUACAAUUGUUAAAUUUUGUGGUAGUGAAACAUUUUUAUAAAUUUUCGCGGAUCUGUUUGGAGUUCGAAACAUUGUGUGCUAAACUUUGUUUGCUUACCAGAGCGUGCAAAAAACAAAACAUUUAGCCUUGACGGUCGCUGUUGAGUAACUCCAUUUUCAUUCAGCAAAAGUAGGUAAAUUACAUGGAAAUUAAGUUUGUACUUGGUACAAUAAUGUGUGUUUAGCCAUUCAAACCUUGAACCGAGCUAAUCAAAAUAAUCAGUCAGUCAAACUGCGAGCCGCGGUUAGUGAGAGUAUGCCUAAUUUAAGGUUUGUGAAUUAGAAUGUUUGGUGUAUAUCGCGCAGGAUUUGGUGGUCAUAUGGGAAGAAAAUAAUGUUGCUUCUUUUCACAUUGAUCUUCAUAAUAGUUUUUGCCCUGCAUUAUCUAUGGCAGAAAAAGACAAAAAGAAUACAUGAGCUGACAAAGGACUAUCCAAAGCCAACUCAUUGGCCUAUCGUGGGAUGUACUUUUGAAUUUGGAACUAAUCCAAAAGAAUUUUUUGGUAACUUGUGUCGGAUGUGUGAUGAGCAAGGAUCAGUUUUCGCGGCAUGGCUGGGACCAGAGUUGUUUAUUGUUCUCAGUAAUGUAGAAGAGACUGAGCUACUUCUUUCCAACAAUAAACUUUUGAAGAAAGCAUUCGGUUAUGAUUUUCUACAUCCUUGGCUUGGAAAAAGCCUUCUUACAGACGAAGAUGAAUCAUGGAGAACCAAGCGAAAGAUAAUAACACCUGCCUUCCAUUUCCAAAUACUGGAGCAGUUUAUGGAUGUGAUAAAUAAAAAUUCAUUAAUACUUAUUAGAGAGCUGAAGAAAGAAAUUGGGAAGCCAAGCUUUGACAUAAGCAGAUAUAUAACUCUAUGUACAUUAGAUAUUAUCUCAGAAUCAUCAAUGGGAACUGAAAUAAACGCUCAAUUGAAUAACAGUCCAGAAUUUGUCACAUCACUUCGAAACUUGUCAGAGGCAGUUCUUUAUCGAUUUUACAAGCCUUGGCUGUAUCCAGAUUUCGUUUAUAAUAUGACAAGCGCCAAAAGAGCAUUCAACAAGGAUCUGAAAGUGGUUCAUGAUGUUAUAAUGAAGGUAAUCCAAAGUAAGAAACUCAAAAGAUCUCAGGCCAAAUCGAAUGGUGUUAAUGGAUCAUCCGCGAUAAAGAAUGGAAAAAGUAAUGGUGUACAUUCAACAACGAACGGGAAUGGCGAAAUCAAUAAUUUGGCUUUUGGCCAGAAAAAGAAAUCAGCUUUCCUUGAUCUACUACUUGAUUAUACAGAACACGAUGGAUCCUACUCAGAGCAGAGUUUGAUUGAUGAAGUCAACACAUUCAUGUUUGCUGGUCAUGAUACAACCACAUCAGCAAUAAAUUUUGCUCUUCACGCCAUAAUGAAGCAUCCUGAAGUUCAGGAAAAAGCAAUGAAAGAAAUCGAGGAGAUAUUUGGAGAUUCCAAUGCAAUGCCAGAGUUCAAUGACUUGCCAAAGAUGAAAUACAUAGAGUGCAUUAUCAAAGAGACCUUGCGGCUAUGGCCGAGUGUUCCAUACGUGGCACGCACAGUUACAGAAGACACCACUUUGAAAUGUGGAUACAAACUACCAGCCGGAUGCAGUGCAGUGCUGAUGUUCUAUAAACUGCACAGAGAUCCGCAACUCUACUCGGAGCCUGACAGGUUCAAUCCCGAACGAUUCCUUGAUGACAGUAUAAACGGACGCAAACCCUACUCAUAUUGCCCCUUCAGUGCGGGGCCAAGAAACUGCAUUGGUCAGAAAUUUGCCAUGAUGGAAAUGAAAAUAGUGAUUUCGACGGUGUUGAGGCACUACAGACUAAUAACACCACCAGAUGGACCCGACAUCAAUGUGGUUGCUGAGCUCAUUCUCAGAUCGGUGUCGGGGAUUCAUGUCAAAAUCGAAAAUAGAUCAUGAAAACCAACACUAGCUAAUUCCAAGUGUGAAUGGUAUGAGCUGAAGACGUCACAACUAUGCUUAAUCAGUGGUUUGGGGAGUUCUCCACGGGUUAAUUGAAGAUGAUAAAUAAUGAUGAUUAUAUGACAUUAUCAUUCGUCCACCGCUGUUACUGGAACAUGCACAGUGCACACAAUAGUAUUCCAAAAAAUAAUUGGCUGACAUUAUUAGAAAUUUAUGUCAACCAAUUUAAGCUAUCUCUAUAUGGAAAACGAGAGAUAGUAGAACAAUAAGAUAAACUGGGAAUAGUGAAGCCUAUAUAGCAUAUUAUAGCCUAUAUUACAGUAUACUUCGUAACAGAUAAGUCUUAGUUUCAUAAGAUUAAGCUCCAAAAAUGAUAAUUAUUCAUUUCAGCAUUAACUAAAAUAGAAUAAGAAUAAAUAAUGAAAAAUGUU